ACGCUUCAGAGCGAAGCAUUGUGGGAUACGCAUAACGACGAUGUCGAAGAUGUUUUGAACAGAAAAGAUCGAUUCAAAGUUUAAAUGGUUGAACGUCAUCAAGAUGAAGAGCGUUUUCAUCCUCGCCGACAAAGCCUGGGCGGGUUCUAACCUACUGUAUAAGUGGCAGAAAUCUCUUGGUAAUUAUAUCGCUGUUGCAGGACAGGACAACUCAGUGAAAAUAUUUGAUCGACAUGGAAACAAGUGGACUGAGCUCAACCUCCCAGGACGCUGCGUGGGGAUGGACUGGGAUAAGGAUGGGGACAUUUUGGCAGUGAUAGCUGCAAAAUCCAGCUCCAUCUACCUCUGGGAUGCCAGCGUGAAUAAAACAUCUCAGAUAGACAGUGGCAUGAGCAGAGAUCAGAUGUCCUUCAUCCUGUGGUCAAAGACAAGCCCUCUGUUGGCAGUUGGGACCGUCAAAGGAAACCUGUUGAUCUACAAUCAGCAGACCUCACGCAAGAUUCCUGUACUGGGUAAACACACCAAGAAGAUCACCUGUGGGUGCUGGAGUAGUCAGAAUCUACUGGCACUCGGAAGUGAUGACAACACUCUGAGCAUCAGCAACCAUGAGGGGGACACCGUCAGACAGACAACGCUGCGUGGUGAGCCUGCUGAAAUUUGUUUUUCGGUGAUGAAGACGGAUGAAAGGUCCUCCCUAGGAGAGAGCACUGUGAGUGUUUCUGUGGAAAAGAAAAUUCUGAUGCUCUUCAGUGUCAACGACCCUGAAAACCGGAUAGAACUGACCUUUCAGCGCCAUUAUGGAAACAUUGUGUCUUACCGCUGGUACGGGGAUGGGUAUAUACUGAUCGGUUUUUCCCACGGAUACUUUGUGGUUAUUUCCACCCACAUCAGGGAGAUAGGUCAGGAGCUCUACCAGGCUCAGAACCAUAAAGACAGCCUCAACAGUGUGGCCAUCUCACCAGUGUUAAACAAGGCUGCCUCCUGUGGGGACAACUGCAUAAAGAUCCAGGAGCUGUCUGAGCUCAAAGACAUCAGCAAUGUAGUUCGGCUGGAUGAUGAGACUAAAGGUCUGGACCAGCUGAACUGGACGGACGAUGGACAGUUGUUGGCGGUUUCCACACAGAAAGGGACGCUCCAUGUCUUUCUGACCAAGCUGCCUAUCCUGGGAGACAGCUUUGGUACCCGGCUAGCUUACCUCACCUCCCUGCUGGAGGUCACUGUGUCAAACCAGGUGGAUGGGGAGAAGCCUGUGGCCAUACAAGUGGAAGUUGAGCCCACUUUUAUUGCAGUGGGACCGUACCAUGUGGCUGUGGGAAUGAACAACAGAGCCUGGUUCUAUGCUUUGGUUGACCAAAACCCUGGUUUUAACAAACUGAAGGACAUCGAGUAUUUGGGGACGAUAGCCAGCAUGUGCCUUAACUCUGACUAUGCAGCAGCGCUGUUUGAGGGAAAAGUCCAGCUGCACAUGAUUGAAGGCCAAGACCAGGAGGAGAAGAAGCAGAUGAAGUUGUUUCCAGACGAUGACAGAAAAGGACGGAUCCUGUGCCACGCACUCACCGCUGACUUCCUCUACUAUGGCACUGAUUUAGGUAAUGUGGUGUGUGUCUUGGUGGAGGACUGGGAGACUGUGAGCAGCUACAGCCACUCAGUGGGUGUGAGAAAAGUUUUCCCUGACCUGAACGGCACACGGCUCGUCUUCAUUGACGACAAGAACGGCGGCUUCUUGCUCUCCCCUGCAAGUGCAACAGACUCGUGCUUUGAGCUCCCCAACUUCUCUCCCACCAUCACCGGAGUGCUGUGGGACAACUGGCACGCCGACAGAGGAGUGUUUGUAGCUUAUGACGAUGACAAGGUCUACACUUACGCCCUGCAUAAAACCACCAUAUAUGGCCCACGGGUGGUGUUGGUGGGGAGCACUGCACUCCUGUUUUCCCAGAAGCCUUUGCUGUUGCACAACGGGGAGCUGACGUGUCAGACGGCGAGCGGCAAGACCAGCGACGUGGCUCUGAGCACACACUCCUUCCUCAAGACCUUGAUCGGCACAGCGCCAGAUUCACCGCCAGAGCUCAGCAAGCAGUUGGCUCAGGCACUCAUGCUCAAGAGGUUCCAUGAAGCCUGUGAUCUGUGUAAGUUUGCAGGCAGUGACAUAGACUGGGCUGAGUUAGGCAAAGCCUGUCUGGUCCACAUGGAGGUCGAGCUGGCCAUCCAAGUCUACCGCAUGAGUGACAAUGUGGGCAUGGUCCUGUCACUACAGGGCAUCCAGGGUAUAGAGGACAUGAAUUUACUAGCAGGCCAUUUGGCCAUGUUUCUGGGUGAAUACAACCUGGCUCAGGACCACUAUCUGUCCUCAAGCUGCCCCAUCGCUGCCCUGGAGAUGAGGAGAGAUCUGUUGCACUGGGACAGCGCUCUUAUGUUAGCCAAGAGGUUAGCAGAAGACCAGAUUCCCUUUAUAUCCAAAGAAUAUGCUGUCCAUCUGGAGUUUAUUGGAGACUAUGUGAACGCUCUGGCACACUAUGAGAAAGGCAUGACCCACGAUAAUAAAUUCCAGGAGCAUGAUGAGGCAUGUCAGGCAGGUGUAGCCAGGAUGUCCAUUCGGAUGGGCGACAUUAGGAGAGGAGCCGCCCAGGCUACUCAGCACCCAAGCAGAAUCCUCAAGAAGGAAUGUGGAGCCAUACUGGAGAGCAUGAAGCAAUUCUCUGAAGCUGCUCAGCUCUAUGAAAAAGGCCAGUACUAUGACAAGGCUGCAUCAGUCUACAUUCGGUGCAAGAACUGGGCGAAGGUGGGAGAGUUGCUCCCACACGUCUCCUCUCCCAAGAUCCACCUGCAGUACGCCAAAGCCAAGGAGGCGGACGGCAAGUAUAAGGAUGCAGCACGGGCCUAUGAGAGCGCUAAAGACUGGGACAACGUGAUCCGUGUCCUGCUGGACCACCUCAACAACCCAGAGGACGCUGUCCGCAUCGUCAGGGAGACGCAGAGCAUCGACGGAGCAAAGAUGGUUGCCAGGUUCUUCCUGCGAUUGAACGACCACGGCUCAGCCAUCCACUUCCUGGUGCUGUCUCAGUGCAACGACGAGGCCUUCCAGCUGGCACAGCAGCACGGACAGAUGGAAGUGUACGCAGACAUCAUUGGCUCUGAGGCGACGCAGGAGGACUAUCAGAGCAUUGCUCUCUACUUUGAGGCGGAGAAGAAACACCUUCAGGCUGGCAGGUUCUUCCAGAAGUGUGGGCAGUACAGCAGAGCCCUGAAGCACUUCCUGAAGUGUCCCAACACUGAUGACAACCUGGCUGUUGAAAUGGCUAUUGAGACGGUAGGCCAGGCCAAGGACAACUCUCUGACCAAUCAGCUGAUAGAUUACCUGAUGGGGGAGAGUGACGGUAUGCCAAAGGAUGCCAAGUACCUGUUCCGUCUGUACAUGGCGCUGCAGCAGUACAGGGAGGCCGCUCGCACCGCCAUCAUCAUCGCCAGAGAAGAGCAGUGCGCAGGUAACUACCGUAAUGCCCAUGAUUUGCUGUUCAGCAUGUACACGGAACUGCAGGCCCAGAAGAUAAAGAUCCCGGCUGAGAUGGCCACCAAUCUGAUGAUCCUCCACUCCUACCUGCUGGUCAAGAUCCACGUGAAGAGAGGAGACCACCUGAAAGGAGCGCGCAUGCUCAUCCGUGUCAGCAACAAUAUCAGCAAGUUUCCUGCACAUGUUGUGCCCAUCCUGACAUCUGCAGUCAUCGAAUGUCACCGGGCCGGGCUGAAGAACUCGGCCUUCAGCUUCGCCGCCAUGCUGAUGAGACCGGAGUACCGAAACGAGAUCGACUCAAAGUACAGGAAGAAGAUCGAGGCUAUGGUCCGACGACCAGAUACAUCGGAGCUUGAGGAGGAAACUACUCCAUGUCCCUUCUGUGGCUUCCAGCUACCGCAGAACGAACUGCUGUGCAUCUCCUGCAAGAACAACCUGCCCUACUGCAUCGCCACGGGUCGUCAUAUGCUGAAAGAAGACUGGUCGGUGUGUCCUCAUUGUGAAUUUCCUGCUCUCUACUCCCAGUUCAUUCUGCUGUUGGAGACGGAGACUGUGUGUCCCAUGUGCUCUGAGACUCUGAGCGUCAAACAGGUGAAGAAGAUCUCUGAUUGCUCCACAUACCUGCAGACUGAUGAACUGGAUCAAUGAGGAAAAAUAAAAUCACAUGUAUGUAAAUGGUUCAUGUCAGUCUAAUGACAGAUUUUCUAUUUGUUUAAAUAAAAUAUUUUACAUUUUUGAUGGAAUAUAUGCAGCUUUUAGUUUUGUAUUAUGUGGAGUAACAGAACUACAAUGAUUUAAAGGACCUUUGAUAUGCCAACAACCAAAAGACAAUUCAUUCAAAUAAAAUGCUUUGUAUAUAUGGCUGAAAUUGUAUAUUUUGGCAUCUAAUAAAACUCCUUUGUCACUUG